CCCUCGGCAUUGACGACGACGUCUUACUGGACCGUCACAACUCACACGACACUUUUCUCAGACGAUCAGACCCGUUGUAGAGUGACUCUCUCUCUCUGCCUUGGUACUCAAAGCUUUUUAACCUCGCCCAAAUCGUAUCUCUCUGUCGAUCGAUCGAACGGAGGAAGAAGGAAGGCAUAGAUGGCGAGCGAAAACGAGCCGGCGAAGCUGCUGUUGCCGUAUCUCCAGCGCGCCGAUGAGUUGCAGAAACACGAGCCUCUUGUCGCUUAUUACUGUCGAUUAUACGCAAUGGAGAGAGGGCUGAAGAUCCCGCAGAACGAGCGCACUAAGACCACGAAUUCCCUCCUCAUUUCCCUCAUGAAGCAGCUUGAAAAGGAUAAGAAGUCACUGCAGUUGGGGCCUGAAGACAAUCUGUAUCUUGAGGGAUUUGCCUUAAAUGUUUUUGGCAAGGCAGAAAAGCAAGAUCAGGCUGGUCGAGCAGAUUUGACUACUGCAAAAACAUUCUAUGCUGCAAGCAUUUUCUUUGAGAUUCUUAACCAAUUCGGCGUGGUUCAGCCUGAUCUUGAGCAAAAACAAAAGUAUGCAGCUUGGAAAGCAGCAGAUAUAAGGAAAGCUUUGAAAGAAGGAAGGAAGCCUCAAGCAGGCCCCCCUGCUGGUGAUGAUGAUCUCUCACUUCCAUCUAGUGGAAUGAGUGGUUCAUAUGAUCUUGGCCCAAGCGAUGCUGCAGUUACCAGUCCUGGAUCACAGUCUGACCGUUCACCCCAGUUUCAUGAUGAAGUCAACAGGCAGCAUUCUAUAAAAAGUGCACCACCACAGUUUCAGGAUCAGCAUUCUUCAAACAUUACACCUUAUGAGUUUCAUGAUGACGCUAAAUUCCAGCGUUCUACUAGCCUUCAGUCACCACCUAAGUUUCAUGAUGAAGUCAAUGGCCAGCAUUCUACUAACAAUGCGUCACCGCCACCUCAGUCUUACCCUACUGCUGGUUACUCUUCCCAUGAUUUUCAGCCACCUCCUCCUACAAAUAGACCAGAAACGUCUGAUUUUUCUCAGCCAUACCACCGGCAAUCCUACUCGCACGAACCCCAACAGCCUUUGCCACCUAACUAUCCUCCUCAUGAAUCUAAUUACCCCUAUCCUAAUUUCCAAUCGUAUCCAAGUUUUACAGAAACCAAUAUUCCAGCAGUUUCAUCCCACUAUCCCUCUUAUUAUCAGGGCUCUGAUCCUUCCUACUCUCCCCAGUCAGCUCCUUCGACAACAGACCACCCUUCAACUGCCCAAUACCAGACGAGCAACAGAAAUGGGACUGUUUCAGAACCUACUCCUGCUCCUCCCCCUGCCAAGACAUACCAGUAUGACAGUAGCUACCAGCCAUCACCUGAGAAAAUUGCCGAGGCACAUAAGGCCGCAAGAUUUGCAGUUGGAGCAUUGGCAUUUGAUGACGUAUCAGUUGCAGUAGAUCACUUGAUAAAAUCGCUUGAACUGUUGACUAAUCCAUCAGCUGGUCAGUAAUAAGCUUCUCGUUUCUAGGUGCUUGGAAUUCCAGAUGUUUCCCAUAGUUUAUUUGCGCGAUUACUGCAUAAAUGUCACUGUAUGCAUUACUGUUAAUCGUGAAGUCACGAUGCAUCAUACGAAAAUGAAAACUAUUGGUUUAUGCUU